AUGACCCGAGGAAAUCAACAGGGAUUCAUUUCAACGUUGGCCUUGCAGUCAAGUAAAAGAAAAACAAGACUUUUGCUUUAAAUUUGUUUAAAAACCUGUUUCCAACUGGGGUAUUGUCAUGAGAUGCACGUACGUUCCGUUGAGCUUCGUGCUCUGUGCCGUUGCCAUCGUUGGGUGUUGGCCUCUUCAUCCGCUGGAGCCAUCAACGGAUGAGCUUUCUGUGCCUAUUUCCUCAUUUCAAUCACCACUUGAAGAAUUAAUUAUGGGUGGUUUUUUAAGCCGUCCGGGACGUCGAGAAGAGACUAGUCCAAGGUUAAAAUCGGAGGCCGAGGCAAAACCAGAUCAAAACGAGAUUGAGGUUAAUCGGCACAAAAACGAGAUUGCCGAGUCGGAGUCGAGUUCUGACGAACUCACAGUUGGAAUCGAUCCAAUUGAAGAAUGUGAAUUACCAGAAUGCGUUGAUUUGGUUCGAAAUCCUUCUGAUAAGAUGCCAGCUGAUGAAAUUUCGUCUGCUGUCUAUGUCGAUCCAGUUCCUGAACUGCCAAGUCAUCCAGCACCCGAGGAUGAGGUGGUGGAGGUUGACAUUGAAGAACAGGAUAAUAGUCGAGACAUGAGAUCCUCCCCACACGAUGUAAUCCAGGAAUCGUCUUUCAAUGACAAUGAGAAUAUUGUGGAUGUUUCUCAUGAACAACCACAUCCGGACUCUUCUCUCCAUAAGGUCGAUUCAACAGAUUUCCCGUCCAAGGAAGAAGAGGUUACCGUGGAGGAACCACAGUACGAACGAGACGUGAGAUCACCUUCCAUUUUUCCGUUUAGUCUUCCUCAACAUGUUCUUGUUGAUGAGGAUGCGGACGUGAUUGUGGAUGUUAUAAGUGAAGAAUCUCGCCCGGCAUUCGAUCCGUCCAUUCAUUUGAUGGCUGAACCAGUUAUUUUUCAUCCACAACCUUUACCAGUCGAAGACGUGAUCGAGUUAGACUUGGACAUGGAUGACGAAAUGAUGAAAAGGAAGAAAAGAACUCUCCAGAAUCCUAAUAAUAUUCAUUCGGAAUUGAAAGAGUCACAGCCAGGACUCGACGAUGAGGACUUGAUUGACUUAAACGUGGACACGUACAAGCGGAAGAAACGAGCACGGAAGAUCCCUCGCCAUCAGACAGUGCUGGACAAUCCAAUCUGAAAGCCUGGAAUCAAAGAAAAUCUUCGUUAUGCAUUUCAUU